GGGAGCGGGGCCGGCGGCGGGGCCGGGAUGGCGCUGGACGCUCGGCGCCUGGAGGCGCUGAGCCUGCAGGAGCUCAGCGCGCUGCUGGACGACGAGGAGCAGCUCCAGGACAUGGCCCGCGAGAUGGAAGAGGCCCAAAAUGUUCAGCACAGCAAGGACAUGACUCUUGCCAGCAACCGCAGUCUGGCAGAAGGAAAUCUCCUGUACCAGCCAAAGUUGGAGUCCCUGAAAUCAAAUUUGACUGAGAAAUAUCAAGAGCUGCAAGUUCUCUUUGAAGCAUACCAGAUAAAGAAAACAAAACUAGACAGACAAUCCAGUAAUGCUUCCCUGGAGACCCUGCUGGCCCUGCUGCAGACUGAGGGGGCCAAGAUUGAGGAAGACACAGAGAACAUGGCAGAAAAGUUCCUUGACGGUGAAAUACCGCUGGAUUCCUUCAUCGACGAGUACCAGAGCAAGCGGAAACUGGCUCACCUGCGCCGGGUGAAGAUCGAGAAGCUGCAGGAGAUGGUGCUGAAGGGACAGAGACUUCCUCAGGUUCAGGCGCAGCCAAGGCCGCCCGAGCCGGCGGCAGCCCCGGCGGAUCCCUACAAGGCGGAUGCAAACCCUCCUCCCUCGGUGGUGCCGCGGCGGAUCCCGCCUCCCCCGCCUCCCUCGGGCCCGGCAGGACGUUUGCCCACUCCCUUCACCGCAGCCAUGAGUUCAGGACCGGCUCUUUCUUACCCAGGUGCUCCGUACCCUCCUCUGCCGCCGCGGCCGGGAGGAGCUCAGCCCGCCAGUCCGAUGGCGCAGCCGGGAUACCCAGCCCAGUUCGUGCCGCCCUAUCCUCCACCUCUGCCCCAGAGACCACCUCGCCUCCCGCCGCAUCCCGGCUUUAUCCUCCAGUAAAUAUUUGGGUGCGCCUGACUUAACGUAUUGGUGCUUUUUAUUUCCUUUUUCCCCCCCCAUCAGAGACUUGCUGUAGGCGAUGGGAAGCCUCUGCUCUUUGCACAAUGGAGCACAAAGGCCGAGCUGUGGCACGGAGGUUUGCAGUUGCUUUGCUAAAUGUGAUGAUGUUUGUUUGCAAAGGUCGGCGGUGACGAGGUUUUCCUAGGAAGGUGAUGUGGUCUCAAUUCUGUAAGUCCAUCGGCUGGAGGAGGCGCUCGCGGUGGAUUCGCUGACGUUACAAACGGAGUCGCGCUCCGAAUUCCUCAGUGACGGUAAAUCAGCAUCCUCCCGCGUUCUGAUGUAUUCCCAUGGCAGCUGGAGGCAUGUGUGGCAAACGGGGAGCUGGUUGUCCCUCUGAGGAAUUCUGUCUGCACGGUGUUGGGAUGGUAACAGCCAUACCUGACUGCUGGGCAGGGGGUGUGCACAGGACCCCCCUCGGCAUCCUUUUGCAUCCAGGGCCAGGUACACGACGUUUUCAGAGCUCACUGAGCUGAAACUCCUGUCAGAACACCUGGGGGGUGGAUUUUAGACAGGGAAAAUGACAAGAGUUUCGUUUCUGCAUUUCAUUUGUUACCUUAGACAGUGUGUAAUCAGAGUAGGCACUACUCCCACUCCUAAAUAGCUUGAUACCCUCAAAGUCCUGGUCUCUUGAAAUGAAACUAAACUGUUUGUAGAGCCAGUUUAGGGUUUUAUAGACACUUUACCAGGCAGUUUGUUUUCCUUGCCUAUUAAGACUCUUAACGGUUGGUUUUUUCCUCCUUUUCCACACCUCGGAUACAGAAAUGAUUUUUUUACACAGGUGCUUAGCUUUUGAUACCAUGUGAUUCCAGGAAUCUAGGCAGGGUAUUUUCUUAAUCAAAUACUGGAUUUUCACAUGUAAUUGCCCACUUGAAUUUCCACAAUUUCAUCUUACCCCUUAACUCUGUCUCUCGCUUGGCAGACCUAUUUUUAACUUUCCCAUUUCGUUUAGUUUUGCAGUUUGGGGCAUGUGUAUCUAUCUGGAAUUUGCAGUUAAUGUUUCUCUGCAA